UCCCCUCCUCUUCAAGAAAAACCUCCCUUGAAGAAACUUCCCUCUCCCCUUCUCUCUCUCCAUUCAUUUAUACGCCAAAGGAAUAGACCUACACACAUUUUUCAACUCUUGUAUCAGCUUUCCCGUUUCUCUCUCUUCUUCCACUUCUCCUCCACCGAAAACAACAACAAGCAGACGAAAAAAAAAAGAGAAAAAAGAAAAAAUCCAUUAGAAAUAAACAAGAAAGGAGAAAAGAGGAAAAGAAGGAGGAAAAGAAGAAGGGAAAAACUCACUGGAAAUGAAACCCACCAUCCCCAUCCCGUCCGCCUCCACACGCACAGCCUUCGAUUUCGCGCCACAGCCCUCGCACGCAGUCGAUUUCGUUCAAGUGGCCGAAGCGCGCGUCUGGCUCGUCGUCGUCGUCUUUGUGGGAUUUUGAGCGCGAGGUUGUUGUGGUGGAGUUGUGCUUCUUCUUAUCGUCGUCAUGUUUCUUCUUUUUGUCGUCGUCAUCCUCCUUCUUCCCAUCCUUCCCCUUCCCAUCGCUCUUGUUCUUUUUGUCGUCGUUCUUCUUGUCUUUGUUAUCCUUCCCCUUCCCACUUUCCUCCUCUUUCUUCCCCCUCCCAACAUCCCCCUGCCCUUCUCUCAGCGGUUCCCAAAACACCCCAAAGCUCCCCCACCUCUUCUCGUCCCUCUCCAGCUUCCCCGCCGCCCACCGCUUCUCAAACGGCGUGUACGGCUCCUGGUUCGAAAACACCGUGCUGCAGUAGUGCGCGGCCAGAUCUUUGGCUUCUUGCCGGUCUGCUGGCCAUUGCGGGAUUCGCGACGUCAUCAUGUUGGGGCCUGCUGGGCAGCCUUUUGUUAUGCAUUUUGCUGAGGU